AUAUAUAGAGAGAGAGAGAGGAGGAUGUGAUCGUGUGGAGAGAGAAAGAGGUUGGUAGUAGUUGCAGAUGGCGGGGGAGAAGAGCAACGCCUUGGUGCCUGACACCGAUUUGCCCGACGACCCACGUCUCCAAUUUGCUCAGUUCGGUGCUGGGUGUUUCUGGGGGGUGGAAUUGGCGUUCCAGAGGGUGCCUGGAGUUGUGAAGACAGAGGUUGGGUAUUCUCAGGGCCAUCUCCACAACCCUUCUUAUGAAGACGUUUGCACUUCGCUCACCAAGCAUGUGGAGGUGGUGAGGCUCCAAUAUGACCCCAAUCUCUGCCCCUACACUGCUCUUCUCGAUGCCUUCUGGUCUCGCCAUGACCCCACCACUCUGAAUCGCCAGGGUGGAGAUGUGGGUACUCAAUACAGAUCAGGUAUCUAUUACUACACUGAAGAGCAAGCAAGGAGUGCUUAUGAGUCCAAGGAAUUGCAUCAGCAGAAGGUGACUGCAAAAAUUGUGACUGAGAUUUUUCCAGCAAAGCGCUUUUACAGGGCAGAAGAAUAUCAUCAGCAAUACCUUGAGAAAGGUGGGAGGCAAGGGUUUAAGCAGUCUGCUCAAAAGGGAUGCACUGAUCCAAUUAGGUGUUAUGGUUAAAUAGUUAAGGCUAUUUGUUUAGUGUUUAUGUUUCAAGCAUCAAAAUCUUUCUCACUGUAUUACUGGGUGAUCUAGUUGACAUUUAUAAAAUGUUGUCUGAACCUCAUCUAUGAUUUAUUUUGACUUUGUGUGUUUCUGUUUGUUGACUUCAUAACUAAUACAUUUGGGGAUUGGUAUUUGGAUUUC